UAUCUGUAUCGCGGUAUAAUCCUAACAUCGCCUUUCGACUACAAGUUCCACUAACGCGUUGCGAAUUUUGUUCCUAGCUAACCAAACUCGUUUGUAGCCCUUCCUUUCUUCAUCUUAACAAUUACAAGGCGUAAUAGCUGAGUUAGCAACUAUAUACGGGGUAACCCUGCUGGCCUUAGCGGCCUAGGAGGCUAGACGUACUCCCGUCGGCGCUCUACUAGCACGCCGAUCUAGUCUCAGAUCGUGCAGGAACAACAUGCAGUCUGCGAGGGUUAUAGCGUCCCGUCUUACAGGCACCCUUGCCACUGAUUGGCCCAGCCACACCUCACCUCGCAGGCAUCCAAACACACUGCACCGCCUUAUUUAGGUUCGAAAUCCCCUCCUAAACCUUCGCCACUGUCCCUCGACAACGUACCUGGACAUUCUCGACAGCUCAUCAUGUCGAACGACGAGGGACCAUCCGUUGUUGUCUAUCAACACUACUGUCCUCCGGAGGUGAAGCGAGUUCUGGCCUCGGGAGGCAGCGCCUUUAUUGGCGAGGUCGACGACUCGACUAUACUCAAAUAUCCACUCGCCCCCGGCGGAGACAUGACCCGGCUUGAGGCGGAGAAGAAGCUAAUGGAAAUCAUCGGACCCCAUGAGCGCAUCAUAGCAUACAAAGGCUUUAAGGACGCUGGGAUUUAUCUAGAACGCGCCACCAACGGUAACAUUGCCGAGUAUAUGCUUGAAUUCGGAAACCCCCUUCUUUCAGUCAAGCAGCGACUGGCCUGGUGCCGCGAGGCUGCCGAGGCUGUCGCGUGGAUUCAUAGCCGGCGAGUCCUCCAUUGCGAUAUCCAGCCCACAAAUCUCCUUCUCGACGAACACCUCCAUAUAAAACUCGCCGACUUCCAAGGGAGGCAUUUAUCGGCCGACGGCAAAGUGCUCGUCGACGGCUGGAGCGCCGAGUCGUGCAAAUUCUCUGCUCCGCGAAACGACCCAUUCGACGCAGAUAUCAAAACCGAUCUUUUUGCGCUAGGGUGUACUUUCUACUUCAUUAUGAUGGGACACGCCGUGUAUCCCGACAUCGUUCACGGAGAAGAAGGGUGGUAUGAGAAGGUGGAAGACAGAUUUCGAAACGGGGCCUUUCCCGAAGACAAGCACGCCUGUAGUGCUAUCACAAUGAGGUGCUGGCGAAUGAAAUAUGAGAGUGCCGAGCAAGUGGUUCAAGAUCUCCAGGCGCUGGAAAAGGAACAGCAAGUCACAGCGUUAGAGUAGCAGCGAGGCAGCCUACGCUACGACUUUCUAAUACGGGCUGUUGUUGGAAUUGCUCGACGUCUUAUCAACCCCGCAUUGUGGUUCUGUCGGUCUCGACCUCGCAAGUCCACCCACGGUGACCCACCUGCCGAAACAGACGACCGGGGGAGUUAUACUGACGUCAGUAUACUGCACGCUUGUCUGGCUCAAUCCGACUUCAAUUGUGCUAUGUACAAGUACCUCCACAUGAUGCUCCGGAUUAGAAAUGCUACACGAGGAUUGGGUCGUUUCUGUUCGAGAUCGUCUGCGUCAUACCUACGC